AUGACGCUAUUAGAACUGCCAACUGAAUUAGUCCUGCUCAUUGCAUCCUCCCUUCCUGAGAGCGCUCUUGCCCAUUUACUACAAGUUCAUCGCUCCCUGUAUAAAGUCCUCCUUCCAAGCCUCUACCAGCGCCAUGUACGAGACAAUAGACUACAACUAGGGCUUUUCUGGUCCGUUGCCACAGGUAACGAAGCAGCCGUCAACCAUUUUCUUCAUUACGGGGCAAACGUCAACGCCUGCAUUGGCAUAAUUCCAAUUCGCCGGGCAAGUAUCUCUUUCCAGCCGUGGUUCAGCGUGCAGACACCGCUGAGCAUAGCAGCAAAUAUAGGAAACAACAUGAUAGUCGACCUACUGCUGAAGCAUGGGGCCAAUGUUGAUGGAUUUCCUUCUCCUGGCUGGGGCACAACCCAACCAGCCGUUUUAGAUGCGCUGUUAUCGGGCCACGAGAGCACAGUCCGGCUUUUAUUAAUGCAUAAAUCUCCCAUACAGAAGCCUAACAUGGAGCUCGGUGGCUUGGUAAACUGCGCAAUUGCCAAGGGAGAGAUAUCUCUCCUCAAAUUAUUAGUCGAGUUUGGAGCAGAUCUCAACAUUCCCUGGCAGGGGGCAUAUCCUUUAAACAGAUCUGUAUCGUCUCCCAAGCUCUCAACGGAGAUAGUUCGGUUCCUGUUGGACAAUGGCGCAGAUAUAGGUUUAACGAAUGGUAAUCCUGGCAUCCUCUUAGACCAAGCGAUCCACGGCACAAUUGGUACCCUUCGUCUAUUGCUUGACCGUGGAGUGACCUAUCCGCCGGAUAGAUUUGAGCAAUGGUUUGAGACAUGGGUUGGUAGGUGCACGCUCGAGACCGUACAUCUGUUUCUCGAAUAUGGCUAUGCGCCGAAUCUGGAGACGCUGUCGAUUGUGGUAAGGGCUCAGCGGGGGGACAUCUUGCAGCUUUUCAUUGACCGCGGUGUGGAUCUGAAUAUGAAAGGCACGAGGGGACUAACACUUCUCCACGAGGCUGUGCUUCGCUGUAUACCCCCAGAACCUCCGGUGAGAAUGGUUGGCAGGGCCGCUGUAUGUCGCCGACCAGGUAGGGAGAAUCUGGUGCGUAAAAUAGAGCCCGUUCUGCAGCGAGUCUCACCUACGUGUAUGAAUGACAAUGUCGAAGAGGACGCACCGGAGAAAAUUGUGCGCUGCCUGGUCCGCGGGGGUGCAGACCUCAAUGCGCUGGAUGCUAAUGGGCGCACGCCGCUAGCUCUCGCCAGAGAAUUUCAUCUAGCGAUACAGCAGAUACUUAUCGAUGGUGAAGGUAUAUAA